CAUCGCGAGACGUGAUCUCAGUGGCGUGACGUCAGAACGUGAGCACAGCACAGAAGCGGACAAGAUGUCGCUAGCAAGUUUUCUCCCUGCACCCACCCAACUGUCCCAGGACCAGUUAGAGGCGGAGGAGAGGUCUCGUGUUCAGAGGUCACAAUCCACUGCUUUGGUCUCCACUCGCAGAGAACCUCCUCCCUACGGCUCCAGGAAAUCAUGGGUGCCCCGGUCACUAGAGGAUUUUGGAGAUGGAGGAGCUUUUCCAGAGGUCCACGUGGCCCAGUAUCCUCUGGAAAUGGGUAGGAAGAAAAGGACGUCCAAUGCUCUGGCAGUGCAGGUGGAUGCAGAGGGCAAGAUCAAAUAUGACGCCAUUGCUAGGCAAGGUCAAAACAAAGACAAGGUCGUGUUCAGCAAAUACACAGACAUGCUUCCUAAGGAAGUACUUAAUGAAGAUCAUCCUGAGCUGCAGAAACCAGAUGAAGAGGCGGUGAAAGAGAUUACAGAAAAGACCCGAGCAGCUCUGAAUAAACAGGUCUCGCAGAAAAUUGCAGCGGCCAUGCCUGUACGUGCUGCAGACAAACAGGCCCCAGCACAGUAUAUUCGGUACACACCCUCCCAGCAAGGACUCGCGUUUAACUCUGGAGCGAAACAGAGGGUCAUCCGUAUGGUGGAAAUGCAGAAAGAUCCAAUGGAACCACCGCGAUUCAAAAUCAAUAAGAAAAUUCCUCGUGGACCUCCAUCCCCUCCUGCUCCAGUCAUGCACUCUCCAAGCAGAAAGAUGACUGUGAAAGAACAGCAAGAGUGGAAGAUUCCACCCUGUAUUUCCAACUGGAAGAACGCAAAGGGUUACACCAUUCCUCUGGACAAGCGUUUGGCUGCUGACGGACGAGGCCUGCAGACCGUCCACAUCAAUGAGAACUUUGCCAAGCUGGCGGAGGCUUUGUACAUUGCAGACAGAAAGGCCAGAGAGGCUGUGGAGAUGAGAGCUCAAGUGGAAAAGAAGAUGGCCCAGAAAGAAAAAGAAAAGAAAGAAGAGAAGCUGAGAGAGUUGGCUAAGAUGGCCAGAGACAGGAGAGCUGGAAUCAAAGCCCACAGUGACAAAGGUGGUGAAGAGACAGAAGUCAGGGAGCGUGAUGAGAUCCGUCACGAGAGGAGGAGAGAAAGGCAGCACGACAGGAACAUCUCCAGAGCCGCCCCUGAUAAGAGGUCGAAGCUACAAAGAGAUCAGGACAGGGACAUCAGUGAGCUCAUUGCCCUGGGACAACCGAACCCCCGUACCUCCAGUGAGGCUCAGUAUGACCAGCGACUCUUCAAUCAGAGCAAGGGGAUGGACAGUGGUUUUGCCGGUGGCGAGGAUGAGAUGUAUAAUGUGUAUGAUCAGCCCUUCAGAAGUGGCCGAGACAUGGCACAGAAUAUCUACAGGCCUGGGAAGAAUGCAGAUAAGGACGUGUAUGGAGACGACCUGGACACACUCAUGCAGAGCAACAGGUUUGUUCCUGAUCGGGAGUUCUCGGGUGCGGACCAUGGCCCCCGCCGCGACGGCCCGGUGCAGUUCGAGGAGGAUCCUUUCGGUCUGGAUAAGUUCUUGGAGGAAGCCAAGCAGCACGGAGGCUCCAAGAGGGCGUCCACUAGUGGCCGCUCAAAGGACUACGACCACGAGAAGAAACGCAGGAAGGAGUGAGACACUUCCACUGUACACAAAUUCUGGGUCAAAUCCUCCUCACCCUAUUUUUUAGAGCUGUAAAGUGAAUGUCUGAAUUAUUAGUCUUAUGGCGUUUCAUCUAACCCUAACCCAGUCAUGUUUAUUCAAACUGUUGUACUGCAAAGCAAUUCUAAUAAAUGUCUUGUAGAGGAUUUCAUUGAAUGUGAAAGAUUAUUUAUGAAAUUUGUCUAAAGUAAUCUCUGAACAGUGCUCUACUUGAGUACAAGAUGAGAUGAAUUUUUAAUGACUCUCUCCAUUAGUCUUAUAAAUCCAGUGCAUCUGCGGGAACAAACAUGAGCUCUCCUUGAGUUUAAGGGGAAUAUUAGUAUUGUUUAGUUAGUUUGAGGGCUUUAUAAAGAAUGCAUAGUUUACAUUACAUGCAAGAAUAAUCUGUAAAUUGGUCCUCUAUUAAUAAUGGGUUGAAUAAUUCUUUAAAUAAUGGCAUUUUCCCUAGAAUUGUUUUAAAUGGAGAGGGAAAUGAUAAAUGUUUUUUAUUUUAUAUUUAUUUUAUUGCUCUUCCUGAUUUUAAUGAAAGAGUAUUAAUGUGUCAGACUUGGACUUGAUAUUUAAAAAUAAUGUUAGUAUCCAUAGCAUUUUUACAGCAAAUAUUCAUCGUCCCAUUCUGUUACUUUCCAUCAUCACGCAUAACAUAUAGGAAAAAAGAGCAGAUGGUCGAGUAAUGACAGUGAAUAAAUCUCAUCAUGCUAUAAUUUUUAAUAGGUUUACAUCAUAAUUAGUAGUUUCAUGUGAUAGUGAGGUUAAUCGACUGUUAUAGCUAGAAAUACUUAUCUUUUCUCUAAACAUUUCUAAAUGUCAUUGCAUUUUAUAUCAAAACUCACAUGAUUAUUGAUGACUUUUUUUAUUUUAAGAUGUGUUCAUUUAUAAAUAAUAAAUGAAGUAAAUAAUUUACGGAUUAAAAGGGAUUGAAGGGAAUAAGUGGCGAAUGGUUCUAUAAUUGUAGUUAUGAAGUAAUCAGUUUAAACUAUUUGCAAGUUAACAUUUUAUUUUAAAAUGUGCACCUGUUCACUCUUAUUCAUUUUAAUGUCUGAUAUGUUGAAAAACGCAAAUGUUUCUUGUCUCGUCGUCACAUUCAUUUAUGAAUGACAUGAAUCAUGAUCACAUAUUUUCAAUUCAAAACUGUGAAAUUUCUGUUUUAUUUAUUCUACACUAAAAUGACAAGAUAAGACAA